CCACCUUAUUUGCAUGAGAGGUCCUAUAUAAAAACGACUCCUUGUCCCUUGCUUCCAUUAUUUCCCGUUUCCUCGAACCAGUUGCUCAUCGUUUCGUACCUUGGUUCGCUUUCGACAUGCCUGAGCCAGCGAAGUCCGCUCCCGCCCCGAAGAAGGGCUCCAAGAAGGCGGUGACCAAGGCGCAGAAGAAGGACGGCAAGAAGCGCAAGCGCAGCCGCAAGGAGAGCUACUCCGUGUACGUGUACAAGGUGCUGAAGCAGGUCCACCCCGACACCGGCAUCUCCUCCAAGGCCAUGGGCAUCAUGAACUCCUUCGUCAACGACAUCUUCGAGCGCAUCGCGGGCGAGGCUUCCCGCCUGGCGCAUUACAACAAGCGCUCGACCAUCACCUCCAGGGAGAUCCAGACGGCCGUGCGCCUGCUGCUGCCCGGGGAGCUGGCCAAGCACGCCGUGUCCGAGGGCACCAAGGCCGUCACCAAGUACACCAGCGCUAAGUAAACUUGCCAAGGAGGGACCUUUUCUGGAAUUUCCUGAUCUGAUCAAGAAAGCUUCUUACCAAAAAAAAAAAAAAAAAAAAAAAAAAA